CGGUGGCCCGGUCCACCCGGCACCCACCGGCACAGGAGAAACCCGCCCACACAGAGCCACUGGCCCCACCCCUCCUUCUCCCUUAAAAUUGGCUUGAACAGCUCAGGGAGACAGAGCCUGCAGCGACCCAACAGCUCAGCGGCAAGAAGAAGCCCCUGCGAGACUGGGAAAGAAGCAAGAACUCGCGCUUAAGGGGCACAGAAGAGAUGGGGAACAAGAUGAAGACGGAGCUGUUGUGUGUACUGCUGCUUUUCGGAGUGCUUUUCACCGUGCCUGGCCAGGGAAUGCACAGCAGGUUCAGAAGAGGAGCCCGGUCCUACAGAGUGACCUGCAGAGAUGAACAGACACAGACAACUUACCAACACCGCCAGUCGUGGCUGCGCCCCAUGCUUAGAAGCAAUCGGGUGGAAUACUGCCGGUGUAACGGUGGCUCCACGCAGUGCCACUCGGUGCCCGUCAAAAGUUGCAGUGAGCCAAGAUGCUUCAAUGGGGGUAUAUGUCAGCAGGCCCUGUAUUUCUCCGACUUUGUCUGCCAGUGCCCUGAUGGAUUUGUUGGGAAACGCUGUGACAUAGAUACCAGAGCAGCAUGCUUUGAGGGCCAGGGCAUCACCUACAGGGGCACAUGGAGCUCAGCAGAAAAUGGGGCUGAGUGCAUCAACUGGAAUAGCAGUGUUCUGUCCCUGAAGCCUUACAACGCAAGGAGGCCAGAUGCCAUCAAGUUGGGCCUGGGGAAUCAUAAUUACUGCAGAAACCCAGACCGAGACUCCAAGCCCUGGUGCUAUGUCUUUAAGGCAGGGAUGUAUACCCCAGAGUUCUGCAGCACACCAGCUUGUCCUAAGGGAAGAAGUGAGGACUGCUAUGUUGGAAAAGGGUUAACCUAUCGUGGUACCCACAGCCUCACCACAUCUAGGACCUCCUGCCUCCCGUGGAAUUCCAUGACCCUGAUAGGCAAGAGUUACACAGCAUGGAGGACCAACUCACAGGCACUCGGCCUGGGCAGACAUAAUUAUUGCCGGAAUCCAGAUGGGGACGCCAAGCCCUGGUGCCAUGUGAUGAAGAAUGGAAAGCUGACAUGGGAGUACUGUGAUGUGCCCCCGUGCUCCACCUGUGGCCUGAGGCAAUACAAACAGCCGCAGUUUCGAAUUAAAGGAGGACUUUUCACGGACAUCACCUCGCACCCUUGGCAGGCUGCCAUCUUCGUCAAGAACAGGAGGUUUCCUGGAGAGAGAUUCCUGUGUGGAGGGGUGCUGAUCAAUUCCUGCUGGGUGCUAUCUGCCGCCCACUGCUUUGUGGAGAGGUCUCCUCCCCAGGAUCUUAAAGUGGUCUUGGGAAGAACAUACAGGGUGGUGCCUGGAGAGGCGGAGCAGACAUUUGAGAUCGAAAAAUAUAUAGUCCACGAUGAAUUUGAUGAUGACACUUACGACAAUGACAUCGCAUUACUGCAGCUGAGGUCAGAUACCAGGCAGUGUGCCCGGGAAAGCAGCUCUGUCAGCACCGCCUGCCUUCCUGACCCCAACCUGCAGCUUCCCGACUGGACGGAGUGUGAGCUGUCUGGCUACGGCAAGCACGAGGAAUCAUCUCCUUUCUUCUCUGAUCGGCUGAAGGAAGCCCACGUGAGGCUGUACCCAUCGAGUCGCUGUACUUCACAGCAUUUGUCUAACAAAACCGUCACAAACAAUAUGCUCUGUGCUGGAGACACCCGAAGUGGAGGCAACCAAGAUGUCCAUGAUGCAUGCCAGGGUGACUCGGGAGGACCGCUGGUGUGUAUGGUCAAUAAACACAUGACCUUGGUUGGCAUCAUCAGCUGGGGCAUUGGCUGCGGGCAGAAGGAUGUCCCUGGGGUAUACACAAAGGUCACUAAUUACCUAGACUGGAUUCAAGACAACAUGAAGCAAUGACCAAGAAAACCCAGCUCCUUGGAUCCGGAGGAGGAUCUGCCUUCCUCUUCAGUAGAAGACACACCCAACAGGCCAAGUGUCCUCUACUCUAUCAUCCGUCUACACUGCCCCUCGGCAGAGGGAUGGAGGGUCUAUAGGAGAGGAUGUAGCAUGUAUCUGUGGUAGGUACUUGACGCAAGUUUUCAGGGAUGAAGGUCUGAUUUUGGGAUAAAAUCUGUCUGAUGAGAAGAUGAGAAAACACCAGCCCUCCCAUAACUCUAGGAUUUAAAAGGGAAGGGAAGACCAAAGUCCACCACGAGACACAAGAUCAUGUCUCAACAGUAAAGUACGGCUUGAUCUUUCAGGAGAGGAAGUUUGCAUUAGGGACAAGAAUACGUACUUAUAGCUGUUACAGGAGGACCCAGUAGGGCCUCUAGGAGACAGAAAUGUUGGCUGGCUAGAUCACAGCCCCAUACUCUCCACCCCUUCCCGCCCCUCGACUCCUGGAAGGCAUUCCUUUGUAUACAGUGUAAAUCUUUUCUUUAUAAACUUUAUAGAUGGUUGGGAGAACUGCGCGAUUUCAAUAAUUGAUGAAGUAGCAUCAGCAUAUUUAUAUAUUAAUCUAUUUUAGUGUUUACUUUGUUACCGUAACUCUGUAUUAUACUGUACUUAAAUAAUAAAUCCAGAAGUAUUUUUCACACUUUUCAAA